AUGACUUGGCGGCGGCGCGGAUUCUUCUGCUUGAAGGUAGCUGCUUGUUACUUCAAAUUAGCGAUUGCCAAUACUCCUGAAGACGAAUUAGCGGCAACUUUAUGGAACGAUACCCAUGAGCUAUUCGAAUACAAUUUCGAAGACUUCGGUUUCGAUUUUUUAGAUUUGCCCUCACCGGCUCCAACUCACAAACGCAAGUUGAUUGAUGACGAGUCUUAUUUUGUCCCAAACCGACAUUCACAUAACUGCGACCAGGAUGGUGAGAUGCUCCAGUAG